GAGUAAAGUCAGUUCAACAGUUUGCGGUACAGUCCUCACUUUUCAAGCGUCUUGAUCACUCGCUUGAAAGUCGCGUCCGUGAAUUUACUCAGCGGGAGCGAGGACGCGUUACAUCAUCGGCUCACCUUUAACGCAGGUGACACAGGACACCCGGAAGAACACGCGCAUCGACUAUCACGCGAGUCGCUUCAGUUUCCAUAAAGCCCAGAAGAGCUGAACAGAUCACAGUCAUGUCAGAUCUGAGGAAGAACAAGUUGUUCAUUGUGCUGAUGGAUGUUGUGUGUGUGCUCGUGGUGGCAAUGCCAUUCAUCACAAUGACCAUCAUGUUCCGGCCGUACCAGCGUGGCGUUUACUGCGAUGACGAGACCAUACAAUACCCCUACAGACCAGACACCAUCUCUCACAAAAUGAUGGCGGCCGUUACCAUUUCCUGCUCCAUCAUUAUCAUCACUUCCGGAGAGGCUUACCUGGUCUACACUAAACGCCUUUACUCCAAUUCAGACUUUAACCAGUACGCUGCGGCGCUCUACAAAGUGGUGGGGACGUUUCUGUUCGGCGGGUGUGUGAGCCAGUCUCUGACCGACAUGGCCAAGUACACCAUCGGACGCUUGCGGCCCAACUUCAUGGCAGUUUGCGCUCCAGAAGUGUGUGAGGGCUACGUGCUGGAGAUAAACUGCACGGGAAACCCUCGCAACGUGACAGAAUCCAGGCUGUCGUUUUACUCCGGUCACUCCUCCUUCGGGAUGUACUGCAUGUUGUUUCUGGCGCUGUAUGUCCAGGCACGUAUGGCAUCCAAGUGGGCCCGCCUCCUCCGACCCACAAUUCAGUUCUUCCUGGUGGCUUUUGCUAUUUAUGUAGGAUACACACGUGUGUCUGACUACAAACACCACUGGAGCGACGUGGUCGUGGGUCUUCUGCAAGGGGCGCUGAUCGCAGUUCUCACGGUGCGAUACGUCUCUGACUUCUUCAAAGAGCGCCCCCCUCGCUGCCAGGAUGUUGAAAAUGCUGAAAACGAAGACAGCGAGCGCAAACCCAGCCUUCAGAUCGCAGACACGGACAGAAACAACCUCUACUCGUACAGCAGGCCUGUAUGAGCCUGACCUUUGACCUGUGAGGGCAGUCACACAGAACCACUGGAUGCUGCACCACGUCUUGUACAGACAGCCACACACACGCUGCUGCACACACACUGUACACUGGCACUGACCGCGCUCUCUUCCACAGGAUAACGCUCACAUUUCAUAUCGCUCUGUGUGAGAGAGAGAGCAAGUGAAUGCAUGAACUAACACUGAAUAUUAGAUUUUAUGCCGCGUUUUGUUUUAUGCACGCUCAUAUACGCCAAGUGCACAGAUCGCCUGACAGCUAAUGAACCCUGAGGGACUUUAUUGUAUCAGAGCACAAAGACGAACUUUUUCAAGGGGAACUGGCCGUUUCCAUGACAACCUCAAAACCACCGGUUGACAUUUACAGCCUAGCUGUACUUCUGCUGUUGGAAGCGAUUCUUUCACCAUGAGAAAGAAAGUGAACUUUUCUAAGUCAUCAGAAUACAAGUAUUCAUGGUUCCCUGAGUGAGAAAUCCAGGAAGAGAAGCAUGAACAUGGAACAGAUGCCAAAAAAGGUCUUUCUCUCAUUGGUAAUUAGAUGUUUGUUUGUUUGUUUGUUUAUAUAUAUAUAUAUAUAUAUAUAUAUAUAUAUAUAUAUAUAUAUAUAUAUAUAUAUAUAUAUAUAUAUAAACAUACAACUGGAUUAUAGUGACUUUAUUUUUUAUAUAUAAAGAAAUGUUAUUUUCCUGUGGCGGUAGGUUUAUGGACUUUAUAGCCUUUUAUAACCUUCACAACAGUUUGUUAUUUCCACACACAUCUGCAAGAAAUCCUGCAUAGCAUGAUUAAUCUUUAUAUAAUAUUAAUUAUUUCAGUGUUUUAUUUACUAAAGUCUUUAUCAAUGACAACUCUGCAAAGUCAUGUCAAUCUAGUUGUCGCGUCGCUCGCUCUCAUAUCGAUGCUGUUUAAGUACUACCACUAGCUAACUGAGGCACAUGUAUAUCUGAAUAUUGUUUUGGAAAUGUAUCUUACUAACCAACCUAUUAACGAGCCAAUUUAAUACGUUAUCACCGCAUCCCAACCAUCAACCGAGUGUAAAAUUACAUUUUUUCUUUAGGGAACUAACGUUACAUGAGACGCUGCUCUUAGUGUUAAAAUCACAGCCAAUCAAAUUCUGAACCAAUGAGGUUUCACUAAGGGGUGUGUUGUUGUUUUUUUUUGAACGUGUGAAAUGUAUUCUUUUUUUUAUUGCAAAAAAAUAAAAAAUAUUACGGAAGAGGAUUAGGGCCAAACAAUAAUAAAAAAAUAAAACCAUCUCGAGAUUAA